AAAAGAUAAGAAAACAAGGCACAAUUAAUGCCCAUAACGUAGAAAGAGAAAUGGAGAGAAUGGAAUGGAAAAUAGUUGUUUGAUGCGAUAAAAUACGUGUAUUUUACGCAUCACAAGAAGGAAAUAUCUCACCUGUGGACCGUCACUGACGUCUCCCUCCAAAACUGUCUCCGUUUGCGUCUGCGAACUCGACGGCCCUGCCAUUCUUUCCAUUCAACGCUCGUUCCUUCAACAAAUAGAGUCCUUUGAUUUUUAAGCUUGACGGAUGUCAGUUGGAAAUGAUACCAAUAUUGAGUGACAAUUACGCCGGCAGUCUAAAGUCAACACUGGGUCUCACAGUUUUCAAUAUAGCGGUUAUGUGUCGGAAUAUGUGCGUUCAUCAAUUUUGAGGUGAGGAUCUAACGAUCUUUCUCCCUCUCCACCUCUCAGACCUAGCUUCACCUGUUGGCUGGAAAGUUUUGCCCUAAGGGUCCGAUGUUUUUGGAGCCUCUCGGAGUAUUUACCUAAUAACUAUUUGUGUUUCGGAGCAACACAAGUGGUUAAAAAGAAUGGUGAAACUUUUGGAUUAUUAUGUUUUGUGAGUGAAAUUUAUGAGUCUUCCAACCGUUGAUGAACCGUUAGUGACACAAUGUCGAAAGAAAAUCGAAAAUUAGCUUCUGGAGAUUUUUGAUGGUUUUCUCGAAAGCAAAUCGACGGUUUUAUGGAUUAUUGCGAACAAAAAUAACGAUCAACAAUGGCAGUCAAUCCGAAAAUUCCUUUGCCCUUGGAACCGAUAAAAUCGAGUGCUUUGGAGGACAGGAGGCUUUGGGUGGGUAACCUGGAUCUGAGGAUAAAUGAGUUCCAACUUCUCAAAAUCGUUCAAACAUACGGCGAAAUCGAAAAGUUUGACCUGCUGUUCCAUCGGUCAGGACCUCAGGCUGGUCAGCCAAGAGGUUAUGCGUUUGUUACGUAUACUACGGUAGAAGCUGCCGUGAAGGCGAAAGAGGCUUUGAAUAAUGCUAAGCUGGGGUCAAAGAAUGCUGUUGUACGGUGGGCUCAUACUGUUUCAGAGAGUGAAAUGGAUAAGACGAAACCGAAGAUCGAUAUCCCAGCGCUGGCGGGUGCUAAAAAAGGGGACGCAAAAAUUAGUCGGGAAACAACGAUUCAAGCAAUUGAAGCAAAGCUGAAAUUGAUGAACGAAGUUGAAGAAGAGUUUGAACUUAAUAAACCCCUGGAAGGCACUCCAGUAAUCCAACAAUACCAGAAGCCAGAAGUUCAGAAGCCCUCGUCGUCUAGUCGUCACCAUACUCAUCAUCAUUAUCAUCAUCGACAUCAUCACAGCCGUCCAUACUCUCGAACACGAUCGAGGAGAUAAUACUGAUGUUCCUCAUUUUUUUUGAAAAUUUUUGAAGAUUUUUUAAAAUGAGAACGAUGAGUUAACUCUAAAUAAGUUCACAGUCUAUGUACUUGUCUUCAUGUAUAGGAGUCAUAUUUGUUGAAGAGAUCAAGACUUGAUAACAUACUCCACUAGGAUAAUUAAUAAUCGCCUAAAAAAACGUCGGAGAGUACUCCUUCAAUGUACAAUUAUUUAUUCAACUCAAGUGUAUUUUCAUAAGCUAUUGAGGCGUUUACUGAUGAUAAUAAUAAUUUUUGACGGAUGGUAAUAAAAGACCUAAUUAAAGAGUGGAAACCAAUCAUUAAUUCAAUUUAAACCUAAUUCAGUGGGAAAGUAAUCAAAUUGUGCAAUGGUAUAACUAUCUAAGUAAUGAGGAAUUAUAGAAAACAAUUCUCACGGAACCACUUCCAUAGCUGAGGAAAAUUCAAGCAUUUAUGGUCUGUAGAUGAUUUCCUUCGCAACCCCCAUUCUUAAAAUAAUUUUACAAUUAACAAAAUGAGUCACGUUGAACAUGAAAUCUCUGUCAAUUGCGUGAUUAUCUUGGAAUUAAA